AUGGCAGAACUUUUAGAUCCCACUUCAAGCUCGCAGACGAGUCCUCAUUCGUCAAAACUGGGCAUCAAUAUUUUAGCGAGUCGGAACGAAGGCGAAACUUCCAAUACUACAUGUUACGAUCCUGCCAGGAUAUAUGACAGGAGUGGAACGGAUCCCAAUGGUACUGGACCAAAAUGGAUCAGAGGAAACGAGGUGCUUCUGCCGGAACCAAAAACCAUGUAUCAACAAAGUCAAAAAUCCAGAUCCAGAAGCACUUUGAUUCGAGUUUAUUCUGAAACUGAGCGUUCAAAUUUCCACGAUUCUACGGGUGCCCGCAUUCAUGACGACUUAAGGUAUAGGCCAGUGCAUCAUGAUGGACAAAAUGGCUCUCCGUCCAAAACUAGCCCCAUUGACAUGAAUAUAAAAUCCAAGCGACGACACUCGUCUUCCACUGAAGAAGAACGUGAGCUCUAUCGUAGAAACGCCAAAUUUGCACAACACAGUUAUGGAGACAUGCAGGACGAAUACAUCCCGGAUUUGGAUUUCUCAAAUACAGUGUCACAAUGGCAAAGCGAUGAAAAUAUUCUCGAGAACAGAGGUGGCGGUGGGCAGCGCCAAGAACAAUCACAAUCGCCCUGCUACAAUAACUGGGCGGAUUACGAAGCAGACGUGAGUCGAUCCUCGUCAAUGUCAUCGUCUUCCAUUGUAUUCAAGUCAGCCCACGCCAAAGUGGGUCCUAUUCCUCUUCCUCAAAGCUCUAUCCCAAUGGCCUCUCCUCAAAGUCUGCGUCACCAAGAUACAAACACCGAGUUUGAUGAGAGAGCACCCCGUGGCUUAUCCCUGUCCUUUGCAAGAAACAAGGCUUCACCUAAUAUUAAUGCACAGCCUGGCAGAUUGUAUAAGAGACGAAGAUCGGGAGUAAAUUUUGGAUCACCAUCUUCACCAUGGGCCGCGACAUCAGCCAUUGCCACCAGCUUCGCAUCCUCCAAUGAUGGCCCCUUUUCAGCUGAAGAAAUAAUAGAUAUCAUAAAAUAUCUUCCAGAAGAUUUCACUUCCCUUCCAUACAGCCAGAGGAAAAAAAUUCUGCUAGAGCAGUUCCCUAGCGUUAAUUACAAGUCUAUGAUGGCAAGCAUUAAGAGGGCCCAGCUGACUUCUGCAAAAAGCAGCACCCAGUUGCAAGCAAAUAGGUCUAGACGUGGCUCGUUGGCUUCACAAUAUCUCAGCUCGUUUACGCCCUCAUCCGCUUCAUACAAGCCCGAUGACAAAGGCUCGACAAUCAUGGGUUAUACCUUAGGCAAAAUAAUAGGAUUUGGUGCGUGGGGUAUGAUACGAGAAUGUUACAAAGCCACAGUUGGACUUCCCGAGAAGGGCCAGAGCACAAGCCCUGCCGUUAAGGCUGUCAAGAUUGUAAGGUUCAAAAACAACGGCAUAGUAAAAAACCAGGUUUUGAAAGAAGUGCGAAUGUGGUCCAAAUUGAAGCAUAAGAACAUUUUACCUCUGAUAAAAUGGCAAAUUGAUGAAUCGUAUGCUCUAUACUGCCUGACAGAUAAAAUUGACGGCGGAACAUUGUACGAUCUGGUAGCCUCGUGGGGAAACGCGAAAAACUCGACAAUUGAUCUUGCUCUGCGAUCUAGGUUUACAGCCGAAUUAGGUUUACAAGUGGUGGAGGGUUUGAAAUAUAUGCACUCUCAACAAGUUGUUCAUGGUGACGUAAAGUUAGAAAACUGUCUCCUGACUACACGAGAUAAUAGGGACAAAUGGACAGUAAUCCUGUGUGAUUUUGGCAUGAGUUCCGAAUUCUGCCAGCCUGAUGUUCUUGGUGAAAGCGAUGAAGACUCAACAAAGUUUUCAGACAACUUCAAACCUUUCGCCAGAUCGCUUUCCAACAGUGUGCUCAAGGAUACACUAAAAAGGCAACACAGAUCAAUAAAUCAUGGCAAUGGGCCGAUGGGUGUCAGCUCAUUUCCUAAGCAAUAUGGACCUGCAUUGAGCAGCACAAAUCUGACAGGGACUUUCGCAUCCCACGGUGACCUGACCAGAGCUUCCAGCAUGGAAAGCAUUUCAAUUUCAACAUCUGUGGGAACGGACUCUACUCCGAUUGCUGGCGCAAAGGAUGAAAACUCACAUAACUACAUCGGGUCGCUACCCUAUGCAGCGCCGGAGCUUUUGGAGCCCAUACCACCGCCACUUUCUCCAUCUGCAGACGUAUGGGCCUUAGGAGUAACCCUUUACACGAUGUUAAUGGGUAAAUUGCUAUUCAAACACGACUAUGAGCCCCGUUUGCGUGCAAUGAUCGCCGCAGCCAAAUAUGACACACGUCCUUUGGAAAAGGUGUGUGGUGCCAAUGAUGACAAGAGUUCAUGCGGCUCUUUGUUUGAUGCAGUCAAAGGUUGUUUGAUGAAGGACGUAUCUAAAAGAUGGAGUCUAGACUCCAUCGAAGCAUCUCUGGUGGACUAUAUUGAUUCUCUCUCUGGACCGGCAUCCGAUAUUUCGGCCCGCGAAAAAACUGAAGCGGCUAAAAAAGUCGACGAAUAA